GUUCUGUGAGGUAGAAAUAUGGUAAACCUUUCUGAAUCGGCGAGCGUAGAUGACGACUCGAAUAGCUCCUGGAGUCGGAGCUAAUCUUCUGGGCCAACACUCCGCCGAGAGGAACCAAGAAGCCACUGUUUACGUCGGUGGUCUCGAACCCCAGCUUUCUGAAGAAUUGCUUUGGGAACUGUUCGUACAAGCCGGCCCACUUGUGAACGUCUACGUCCCGAAAGAUAGGGUGACAGGUCUUCACCUAGGAUAUGAAUUCAUUGAGUUCCGUAGCGAGGAAGAUGCUGACUAUGCAAUUAAAGUUCUUAACAUGAUUAAGAUCCAUGGGAAGCCUAUUCGUGUUAACAAGGUGUCUCAAGAUAAGAAGAGCUUGGACGUUGGUGCUAACCUUUUCAUUGGAAACCUUGACCCUGAUGUGGAUGAAAAGAUUUUGUAUGACACUUUCAGCGCAUUUGGUGGGAUCGCUUCUAAUCCUAAGAUAAUGCGAGAUCCUGAUACCGGGAACUCACGUGGUUUCGGUUUCAUUAGCUAUGACUCCUUUGAUGCAUCUGAUGCUGCUAUUGAGUCCAUGACCGGACAGUAUCUGUGUAAUCGUCAGAUAACAGUCUCUUACGCAUACAAGAAAGACACCAAAGGAGAGCGCCACGGUACUCCAGCAGAGAGGCUUUUGGCUGCCACAAAUCCAAUUUCCCAGAAAAGCAGACCUCAUACUCUAUUCGCAAGCGGCCCACCAACUGCUCCUCAAGCUAAUGGUUUUCCACGUCCGUUUGCCAAUGGCGGCAUGCAACCUGUUCCGAUCCCAGGUCCUCGUCCAACACCUCCACCACCACCUCCACAAGUCUACCAAACUCAGCCACAAUCUUGGCAAUCUCAGCCGCAUCAACAACAACACGGCUUAGCUGUUCCACCGCCUAUGCAGUAUCAUCCUCCUCAAGGAAUGCCGCCGCCACCACCUCCCCAGUUUCUUCAUCACCAACAAGGUUUCGGCGGUCCAAGACCACCACCACCACCUCAAGCCAUGGGAAUGCACCAACAUGGGUGGCCCCCGCAACACAUGCAGCAAGGUGGACCACCACCGCCACAACAACCAAUGCACUACCAUCAUCCCAUGUCUAUGCCACCACCACCACCACACCAAGGCUGAGCUCUUUUGUAAACCCUUUAUUUCAUGACAAGUAAUCUCAAGAAUUUUUCAAACUUCACUUUUAAAAUCUAAGAAAUUAUCCAAACCAAAAGCUAGAACAAUAUGCCAUAUUGUCUCAUGUCUUGUCUCUGAAUUUCUGCAAGAGAAUCUCUUUAUCU